AUGGAAAUCAACGAGUCAUCUUUAAGUGUGUUUUAUCUCAGCAAAGUUCUAGGCUUAGCUCCGAUUUCGAUUCGUCAAGAGGCGAAAGGCGCAAUUGAGAUAAGGCGUAGCAUUUUGUUGUCCGCAUACUCGGCUGCUUUAGGCCUGAUCCUGGUGGUUCUUAGCAUCGAGGGCUUAUUAUUCGAUGUAAAUUCGGAAGUUCCUUUGCGAAUGAAUACUUCUACCUCCAAAGUGGUAACUGCGUUCGAUGUGACUGUGGUGGUGUUGUCGAGUGCUGCUGGCAUGGGUUGCGGUCUCUUCAGCGUGAAACCUACACAAGAGCUCAAUUCACGUUUAAGGAAGUUCGAUGCCGAAAUGCAUUCUUUUUCGAACUUCAAACGUGAUCGCAUUGUAGCCAGACUAUUGGCCACAAUCCCGUUGAUAAUAACUGCAGUACUGAUAGGGUUUGACAUAUGGACAUGGUUACUCCAAGUCGAAAUCGGACCAAACAAGUCUCGCAAAACCAAUAUCGAAUGGUAUUUACCAUUUUAUUUCCUUUAUUUUAUCAUGAUGGGAUUCCAUGUUUUAUUCGCCAACACUGCCUUUGGACUUGGCAGACGUUUUCGCCGUUUAAAUGAAACGUUGAGGAGUCAUUAUCUUACAGAUAAAAAAGUUUACGGUGUUAUGAAAAAUCAUUCUAAUAGCAUUAGAAUCACUCCAGGUAAUACGAUGUCACUACAUGAGAGUAUACAACAUUUGCAAAGCGAAUCAAUGAAUAAAGAAAAUUUAGGAAAAACACGAGUUUGCCUGUUGCGAUCACUUGCCGACCAUCACGAAUCUUUGGGCAAAUGUGUGCAAAUUUUUUCACACACCUAUGGCACUGCUGUGCUUUUCAUCCUAGUAUCCUGCCUGCUGCACGUGGUGGCCACUUCCUAUUUUCUAUUUGUGGCGUUGCUAAAUCGAAAUGCUACCGGCUAUGUAUGGGGUCAAGCAUUGUGGAUUACUUUGCAUAUAAUGCGAUUGUUAUUGGUGGUGGAACCAUGUCACAUUGCAACGAGGGAGUCCAAGAAAACUAUACAAAUUGUGUCCGAGAUCGAGCGAAGAACUAAUGAGCCGAUACUAGUGGAAGAGAUCAAAAAGUUUUGGCAACAGUUACUUGUUAUCGAUGUAGAAUUCUCCGCGCUGGGGCUAUGUCGUAUUAAUAGAAAUAUUUUGACAUCGUUGAGCUCAGCCGUUGCUACGUAUCUUGUCAUUUUAAUACAGUUCCAGAAAUCCGGCGGAUAA